AUGGCUGUUGUCAGUCAGACAAAGGCAAAACACUCCGCUAGUGAUUGAAAUCUAGUAAAAGGGUCGGGCUCUCCUGCAACAAUCCCGCGGUCGAUGUGUCGCUACUAUUAAGAAGGAUUUUACCACCCGCUGUUUUGUGGUGGUGCAAUAUUAAAUGGUCAAGUGUACAGGGGUACAUCGAGAUACAUAAGAGAACUGCUUGGCUUAUGGGAAACCCUCCAACAGGGCAGUGGAUGUUGUGUUGCGCUUAAAGCACAGCGGAGUGAUAAGAGGAGAGCAUCAGUUUCUGCUCUCAAGGAUGUCUCACUACACAGAUGAGCCUCGCUUCACCAUCGAGCAGAUCGACCUGCUCCAGCGGCUGCGCCGUACGGGCAUGACCAAGCAGGAGAUCCUCCACGCCAUGGACACCCUCGACCGGCUGGACCGUGAGCACGGGGACAAGUUCGGCCGUCGCACCUCCUACGGCGGAGGCAGCAGUGGCCCCGUGUCGGACCCCAACAGCGCCGCCACAAACACCUCCACCUCCAACAACGGUGCCUCCGGCGCCGCUUCCACCUCCUCCAACGCGACGUCCUCGGGUAUCAGUACCGCUGUCGGUAACAGUAACCCCCCUGGUGAUGUCAUCAACUCCACCCCCGCCUCCUCCUCAACCUCCUCCAUCGCCACGCAGACCCAGUUCCUGCCCGCACGCGCAGGGCUCUCCCCGUCCCCUAGCAACAGCUAUGACACCUCUCCGCCGCCUGGCCCACCCCCGCCCUCCGCCCUCCUCCCGUCCCCAGUGUCGUUGGUCGCCAUGGUGCAGAACGGGGGCCGGGACAGCCUGGCAGCAACACCCAAUGGGAAGUUGUCGCCGCCACGGUACCCGAUGAACAGCGCUGCGGCUGCAAGGGCAUUUGGGUUUGAAGCCACGGAGGACGAGCUGGACAUCGAUGACAAGGUGGAGGAGCUGAUGAGGAGGGAUAGCAGUAUCGUGAAGGAGGAGAUCAAGUCUUUCCUGGGGAACAGAAGAAUCUCUCAGGCUGUGGUGGCACAGGUCACAGGUAUCAGUCAAAGCAGGAUCUCUCAUUGGCUGCUUCAACACGGCUCUGACCUCAGCGAACAGAAGAAGCGGGCGUUCUACCGCUGGUACCAGCUAGAGAAGACCAGCCCAGGUGCCACUCUAAACAUGCGCCCCGCCCCCAUGGCUCUGGAGGAGAUGGAGUGGCGACAGACCCCGCCCCCUAUAAGCACCGCCCCCGGGAGCUUCAGGCUGCGGCGCGGCAGCCGAUUCACCUGGAGGAAAGAAUGUCUGGCUGUAAUGGAGAGCUACUUCAAUGACAACCAGUACCCAGAUGAAGCCAAACGGGAGGAGAUCGCCAACGCCUGCAACGCCGUCAUCCAGAAACCCGGGAAGAAGUUGUCUGACCUGGAGAGAGUCACCUCCCUCAAAGUCUACAACUGGUUUGCCAACCGACGGAAGGAGAUCAAAAGACGGGCUAAUAUUGAAGCCACAAUCCUGGAGAGCCACGGCAUUGACGUCCAGAGUCCUGGCGGACACUCCAACAGCGACGACAUUGAUGGGGUGGACUACGCCGAACAGGCCUGUGACUUGCCCUACUUCGACAAGAGACCCAUGCCCCGACCUUUCAACUUUUACCGGCUGGAGCCCACUUCCCCCACACAGGACGACGUCACCAGCCACAGUGACCACCAGGACCCCAUCUCCCUUGCCGUAGAGAUGGCUGCAGUCAACCACACCAUCCUGGCCCUGUCGCGAACCGGGGCGGGUCCCAGUGACAUCAAGACAGAGGCCCUGGACGAUGACUAAAUGGGGGGGGCGGGGGUGCG